GUGGCAAACAGCACAUUCGAGUGGAGCCCGAUGGCCGGUAGGGUGGGAAAAAAAAAAUAAUUAGCCCCUUUCCUCUCUUCUCCGCUCUCCUCUCGUGAUCCUAGGGUUGCUUCGCCGCGCGAUGGACAAUGGCGACGUCGCCGUGGCCCCGGCCUCCUCCUCCGCCGCAGCCAGCAAGAAGGCGAAGCGCUUCGAGAUCAAGAAGUGGAACGCCGUCUCCCUCUGGGCUUGGGACAUUGUGGUGGACAACUGCGCCAUCUGCCGCAAUCACAUCAUGGACCUCUGCAUCGAGUGCCAGGCGAACCAGGCCAGCGCCACCAGCGAGGAGUGCACCGUCGCUUGGGGAGUUUGCAACCAUGCCUUCCACUUCCACUGCAUCAGCCGUUGGCUCAAGACCCGUCAAGUGUGCCCUCUAGACAACAGUGAGUGGGAGUUCCAGAAGUAUGGUCACUAGACAGUCAUGGCUUGGGCGUGAAGUUGUGUCAUGUUUCUGGCAGUUUAGCAGCAGUUGUUACCGAUGAUUAAGGACAUACUAGGGAUGGUUAAUGUUUCUGAGGCUGGGAUUUUUGUUUAAACCCUCGAGGCACUGUUCAGCAACUCUUUCUCGCGUAAAGCUGCAGAGGAAUAUCACUAUUUGCAGAAAUUAAGUGGCAUUUGGUGGCUA